GCUUCUCAAUCCCACCAAUCAUACGAUAUCUAACAGCAGGGAAUCCUAAGUAUAAAACUUCCCGAGAGGCUGAACUUCUGUCCAGUGCUGUUUGGAGAGAGUGUGGAAAGGUGCAGUCCAUUCCCAAAUGUGUAAAUGUCUACAAAGACACAUCAGGAAAAAUGUUUAUCCUUCUUUAUCUGAGCUUUUGGAGUGUGUUGGUGUCACACAGUCAGAGCCUGAGUGAAAGAACAACAGCUACAACAAUAACAUCACAAGCAUUUGUGACGCUUGGAGACGACAACGGCCAGUGCUCAACCUGUCAGUUUAGACAACAGAGUAAGCUUUUGCGCCUGCACUCCAUUAAGUCUCAGAUUUUGAGCAUCCUGCGUCUGGAACAGGCUCCAAACAUCAGCAGAGACACAGUUAAGCUACUCUUACCUAAAGCACCUCCACUGCAGGAGCUCCUGGACCAAUAUGACCAAAAUGGAGGCAUUAGUGAGGAUGAGGAACAAGGUAGCAGUGAAACCAUCAUAACCAUGGCCACAGAACCUCAAGCAAUCACCCAAGCUGAGGGAAUGCCGAAGUGUUGCAUGUUCUCACUGAGCCCAAAGAUUAUGCCUAACAGCAUCCUCAAGGCCCUGCUCUGGAUCUACCUCCGACCAGCAGAGGAGCCAACCACAGUCUUCAUCCAGCUAUCUCAUCUGAAGUCUUUGUCUGAAGGGAACAACCACUCAAGAAUGCGUGCACAAAAAAUUGAUGUGAAUGCCCGGACAAACUCCUGGCAGCACAUCGACAUGAAGCAGCUACUGCAGUUGUGGCUCAAACAGCCUGAGAGUAACUUUGGGAUAGAAAUCAAGGCCUUUGAUGCAAAUGGAAAUGAUCUGGCUGUGACCUCUGCAGAAUCUGGAGAAGAGGGAUUGCAACCCUUCCUGGAGGUUAAAAUAUUGGACACUGGCAAACGGUCCAGACGGGACACCGGCCUCGAUUGCGAUGAGCAUUCCACUGAGUCACGUUGCUGCCGGUAUCCACUCACCGUUGACUUUGAGGAAUUUGGUUGGGACUGGAUAAUUGCCCCCAAGCGCUACAAGGCCAAUUACUGCUCAGGUGAAUGUGUGCAGAAGUACCCCCACAGUCACAUCGUCAACAAGGCCAACCCUCGGGGCAGCGCAGGCCCCUGCUGCACACCCACCAAGAUGUCGCCAAUAAAUAUGCUGUAUUUCAAUGACCAUGAGCAGAUAAUCUAUGGAAAAAUUCCUUCAAUGGUCGUAGACCUUUGUAGCUGCUCUUGAGCCUGAGAGAUUCUUGAGUUGCUAUGACAGCAAGCCCUAACUGCUCUGGACCAGAGGGAAGUGAAAAUAAACUUUACCUUGUCCCUGACAAAAUAGUUCCAGCUAAAAUAAUUGACCACACCAGGAUCCCAACAAACCAACUUAUCCAAUUCUUUUAGUUUGUUCUCAUCGACUGUUGCACACAAGGACAAUUGUACCAAGGUGACAAGUGUUUCUUUGUUUAUGAAGGUAUAAGUCUUCCUCUGUGAAUGCAUUUGAGCAUAGAGAUGACCUGAUGGGCUUUACCAGCUUGAUGUCAGAAUGUAAAAAUUGCAAAAAGUACUUUUGAGUUUUAAAUUAAUGUCAAAGGGGGUUGUAUAGUUGAUUAUUUAUAUAAAGUCACUUAUCCACCAGUGACCCAAAAACAGAAACACUGACCCAGAUUCGCACUCAACAUGACGUCCAAAAGAUUUAUUCUGCAGUUGUUUCAUAUGGGUAGUUGACAGAUGGUAGGAAUAGGAAAAACUUUUUUUCAUUGCUGUAACUGGUCAAAAAUUUUAAAUGUAUAAAUAAUCUUUAAAUGCUUUUAGACAUUGCUGGAACAUGUCAACUACCCAAAGGCACGCAGCUUAUGUUCUUGUCAAAAAACACCAAUUAAAUUGCCAGUUCACUAGGUAGCCUACAUAAUGUGAUGACAUGGAGAUUGUUUUUUUUUUUAAUUUUAUAGAUUCUAUGGUUGCAAAUCAUGUUAUAGUUUUGAUCUGUCACUGUAUGAAGUAAAAUGCCCUGUUACUGAAAUCUCUGAGGAGUUGUUUUUGCGUGUCCUUAAGGGACCUCUUCAGUGUUUUCCCUUUGUAACCCUAACAAUGACACCAUUGACAUCAUUCCAAGCAUGUGGAGCACAUUAUGGCACUCAAAAGCAACAAACCCAUUUUCCAUGGAAGCUAAAGCCUCUCCUGUUUUAUUUUGUUCUCUGGAGGGUUCCCCAGUGUGAUUGAGCACCAGAAGCACCAGAAGUCUGUCCCCAGGGCAAUGAAAGCACUUAGAAAUGUCUUAAUUUAUUUUUUUUAAAGAUUUUGAACACUUUGCUGCGUGACUCAAUAAUAACAGUUGCCAUGAAACUAUAGGUUUAGGACAUGGAAGAAUGGAAGACAAAUAAAAAACCUUGCCUCUAAAACCGACAGGUUGAAAAGAGGGGAAACAAGACUUCAUAAAAAUGCAGUGCAACUAACCAUAU